UAAAAGACAAGAAUGUCACCCACUAUUAGGUCAGCGUUUAUGGUCAAACCAACAAUUACCAACAUGGAAAUCAAUAAUUAAUUUACAAACAGCAAAACAUGCUUAUCUUAUAGAUCAUCAAAUUUUAGCUCUAAGUGGUCGUAUGGAACUGACAGUUGUUCAUAUGGUAAUUGUGAUGAGAAAUUAUGAACGUGAAACUGAUUAUUUAUUUAAUAAUUAUUGUUUAUCUAUAAACUGGAAACAAUCAAAUAAUUAUAAAAGCUGUGCUGAUUUAUUGCCUAUGUCUGAUCAAAUUAUGGAUAUAACAAUUGAAAAUAAUGAAACAGGAAUAUUAAGAACUGUUCAUCAACUAAUUCAAAAUGGUCAAAGUGAGAGCGAUAAAAAUUGGAUUCAGAUAACAAAAUCUAAUGAACUAAACAUCUUGGCUAUAAAUUAUGUUAUACUCAUGUUUGAACAACUAUUAAAUACAAAUAAAUUAAUUAAAAUUAAUUCUAUUGAAUUAUCACAUUUAUUUAAAGAAAAACAUUACUUAUUAUUGAUUGAUACAUUUACUGAACAAUUAUAUCAAAAUAAAUUCAUUGAUCAUAAUGGUUUAGUAUUACAAGGUUUAACAACAAUUAAUAAACAUACAAUUCAUAUGGAAUAUAUCAAUUUAUUAAAAAAAUAUCCUUCGUUAAAACCUCUUCUAUCAAUAGUAUCAUCUUGUGGUUCAAAUUUAUUCAAAAUAUUGACCGGAGAAUUAGAUCCCUUACAAUUAUUAUUUGGUACAGAAGAAAGUCAAUUAUUAAUGCAAGAGAUGUAUCUAAUUUUCACAGAAACAAUGAUUAAUUCAGUAUCUUUGGGUAUAACAAAACAUUUAAAUGAACAAAUACACAAACAAAAAGAAGAUGAUGAUGACAAUCUUUUAUAUGUGUUAAAAAUAUUAGAAGUGGGUGGUGGUACUGGUGGAUCUACUGUUCCCUUUUUAAAUUACCUAUUAGAUUUUGCUUAUCGGACGCAGACAAAAAUUGAAUAUACAUUUACCGAUAUUUCACCAGCAUUUUUUCAAACAGCAAAUGAAAAAUUUUCUAAACUAUUGAAAGAUGAAAGAAAUCAACAAAAUCUAUUAAAUAUCUGUUAUCAAGUAUUAGAUUUAAAUAAUACGACAAAUAUAGCAAACAAUGAAUCCUUUGAUGUCAUAUUAGCUGCGAAUGUUUUACAUGUAGUAAUGAACAUUUGUCAAUCAUUAACGAAUUUAAGACAGUUACUUGCACCAAAUGGUGUUUUAUUCUUGAUUGAACUUACAUCUGCUUUUACAUAUAGUGAUUUGAUCUUUGGUAUAUUACCACAAUGGUGGGCAUCUAUAGAUGAUUCAAUAAGACAACCGACAAAACAUGCUAUACUGUCUAUCAACCAAUGGCAAGAGUUAUUCAAGACAGUUGGUGGUUUUCAAUCGUUUCAAUCAACCACAAUGUUAGUCGGUGAAUCAACGAUAUUAGCAAAAAAAUCAGCCAUCGAUACUGUGAAAGAAGAAAAAGUCUGGCUAAUCUUUUAUGAUAAAAAAAAAGAAAUUGGUUUAACAUUAGUACAAUAUUUGGAAAAACAAAAGAAAAUUUCAAAUGUAAUACUAGUCUCAAAUUCAGUUACAAGUUCAACGGAUGGUCUUUAUCAUCAUGUCACAGUUACUUGUGCAAAUGAUAUAGAAAAUUUUUUGAAACAAAUUUCUAAACAGUACGUAAAGAUUAAUAUUGUCUAUCUAUGGGCGCUCGAUUUAGAGCGAUUAACGGGCGAUGAAAACAAUUUAUUAGAAAUCUAUCGGUCACAAGAAGAACUCGUUUGUGGAACGUUGAUGAAUAUUAUUAAAAUAAUUUUAAAACAACAACAUCAACAAACGCCGAAUAUAUUUGUUUUUACUCAAAAUGCACAAUCACCAAUUAUUAGUACAAAUGAAUAUAAUUUUGUUGAAUCACCUAUCAUUGGUUUUACACGAACGGGUUUUGCUGAAUAUCCCAAACAUCACUUGAGAUUAAUUGAUCUUCAAUUUAAAGACAAUUUAACGUCAUGUUUAAUUAAUAAAAUAUAUGAUGAAAUUUCAUCCCCUAAACAACAUAAUGAAGUUAUAUUGUUUCAACAUAUUAAAACAAUUGAUCAUGUUAUAGUACAACGUUACAUACCAACACUUGAUCCUAUUAAACAAUUAGAAUGUGAAGCAAAGAAUAUUCAACAUGUUGGUAUUCAACCAAAUUUAGAUUUACACAAAAGUCAAUUUUAUUUAAAAGUACCAAAAUCUCGAUUGUUAUCUGAUUUAAAAUGGAUUGUUAAUAAAACAACAACAAAAGAUGAUCAAAUAUUAAAACCAACCGAUGUUCAAGUUAAAAUUCAUUCAGUUGGAAUUAAUUUUAGAGAUAUUUUAAAAGCACGUGGGUUGCAUCCACAUAUAGAAGAAAUUGGUAUUUCUUAUGAACAACAAGAUGGUAAUGCUAGAGAUGAAGAAUUAGGUUCUGAUUUCUGUGGUACAAUAACAAAAAUUGGUUCAAACAUCACUGACAAAUUUAAUGUGGGCGAUAUUGUUAUUGGAAUGACAUCUAAUAUUGGGGCAUUUAAAUCACAUAUUGUUAUCAAUCGAACAAAUAUUGUUCGUGUAUCAUCAACAAUUUUAACAAAAUUAUCAAUGGAACAAUUAUCAACAAUCCCAAGUAGUUAUUUGACAGUUUUUCUUGCUUUUAAAGAACGUAUGCAAUUGAAACAAGGACAAACGGUACUGAUACAUUCGGCGUCUGGUGGGGUUGGAGGAGCUGCUAUUCAGUAUUGUCAAAUGAUUGGUGCCAUCGUUCUUGGAACAGCAGGCACUGAAGAAAAACGACAAUUUCUUCGUAAACAAUAUGGUCUUCAACAUGUUUUUAAUAGUCGAGAUUUAUCAUUUGUACAUCAAAUCCGGCAGUUAUAUCCAAAUGGUGUAAAUGUCAUACUUAAUUCAUUAUCUAGUGUUUAUUUACAAGAAUCAGUUAAACUACUUUCAUCGGGUGGUCAUUUUAUUGAGAUUGGUAAACGUGACAUCUAUUCACAAACACAAAUAUCUUUGUUUCAAUUAAGACAAGACUGCACAUUUUAUGUUAUUGAUCUACACACUUAUGCAAUAAAUCAACCGGAAAUGGUAUCACUAAUCCUUGAAGAAGUAUUAAAACUGUAUGAACGAGGACAGUUGAGAUCUAUUCAACCAGUUGAUAUCUAUGAACCGUCACAAGUGAUUAAUGCUUUUCGCAUUUAUGAUCAAGCUAAUCACAUUGGAAAAGUAGCAGUAAGAAUUUGUGGUUUAACUGAAGAAUUACAAGCGGAAGCAGAAGAGAUGGAAUACAGUGCAAUGUUCACAUCGUUGGUUUGUCAGUCAGGUACAGUCAUAAUUUCAGGGGGCUUAGGUGGUGUUGCACUGGAAAUGUCAAGAUGGAUGAUCAAGGAAAAGGGUGUAAAACGAAUUGUUCUAAUGGCAAGACAAUCCCAAGAAGAAUUUGAAUUAGGCAACAGUUAUCAACUAAAUGAUUGGCUUAACCUGAAACACAUGUUUGAGACCGAAUAUGAGAACACCGUUCGAGUUGAGAUUCGUAAGUGUGAUGUAACACAAUACGGGCAAGUAUUAAAUUUGGUAAAAGAAAUCAAUAAAACGCAAUAUCCUGUUUGUGGUGUAAUACAUGCAGCUCUCGUUCUACACGAUAGACUCAUUCAAAAUAUGACACAAGAAUCAUUGUCAAAAGUAAUGCAACCAAAAAUUCGUGGUGCAUGGAAUUUACAUCAAGCAACUUACGCAACCCAAAGUCCAAUACAUUUUUUUAUUCUAUUAUCAUCAGUAAGAAAUCAUCUUAGAGAUUUAGGUGGUUCUGCUUAUAAUGCUGGAAAUCAAUUUCUUGAUGCAUUAGCCUAUUGGAGAUAUCAUUGUAAACAAAUGCCCGCAUUAUCGAUCAGUCUACCAACAAUUUCGCAAGUAGGUGCAUUUCACCGAGAUCGUAAAUUACUUGAAAAUCAGCUAAUAAAAGAGGGUAUGGAAAUUCUGACACCCAUAAUCAUAUUUAAAUUAAUUGAAAAGUUAUAUGUAAAACAACAACAAUAUAGUUAUUGUUCACCAGUCAUACUUGCUGUUAAUUGGGAAAUAUUACAUUCAAAAGGGAAGUAUUUACCAUCAACAAUAGUUGAUUUGGUUGACAAAAAGCACUUUGAUUUAAAAAUAAAUAAUGAAAAUAAAAAUAAGGGUGAUGGAAUAGUAUUAUCGUUGUCAGCAGUUGAUGAUAUUGACACAAUUGUUAACAAAAUACGUCUAGCUAUUUCACAAAUAUUUGGAGCAAUUACAAUUGAUCGUAUUGACACACAAAUGUCUCUUAGUGAACAGGGUAUGGACUCGUUAAUGGCUGUUGCCGUAUAUAAUUGGUUAGAAAAAGAGUUUAACAUUCAUUCAUCAUUAAAUGAAUUAUUACAAGGUAUUUCAAUUCAACAACUUGCACAACAAAUUUUUACAAAAUUAACUGAACGUUCAAAAUUAUCAGAACCAAUUAUAUUAGAUGAUGAUGACGAUAAUGCCCGAAUGAAACAGACAAUGGAAAAUAAAAUAUUGUCAAUAAUAGAUGAUAACAUUAAUGAUAAUGAUGAUGAACAACAAGAUACGAGUGUCACGUUGUUACGAUCAUUAUAUUAUUCAAAAGACAGCAAACAAAUAUUGUUUUGCUUUAAUGAUUUAAUAACAUCAUCAUCAUCAUCGACAAUAUUUGAUCAAUUAUUAACUAAAAUAAAAAAUCAUCAUUAUUCAUCAGCAUCCGUUUAUACUUGUCAUUUAACAUUUGAUACAAUAAAUAAUUUUACAAAAAUUGAUAAACUAAUUCAACAAAUCAGAUACAUUCAACCACGAGGACCGUAUUAUUUUGUUCUAUUGCAGUUGAACAAAUUGAACUUUUAA